AUGCCGGUCAAGCCGGAGAGCCUGGAGCUGAAGGAGGAGGAGGCCGUGCUGCUGCUGCUGGGCCCGGCGUCGUCCAGCGAGGAGGACGAGGACGAGGAGGACGAGGGGGCGGCCAGGGGGGCGGCGGCCGGGCCCGUGGCGACGGCGGCGGCGGCGGGCGAGGGACCCCGCCAGGCGUCGCGACUCCUGGGCUGGCGACACGAGUGCCAGCGUCGACCGGCCCGGGCCCGGGGCGCCAAGACGGCCGAGACGGUGCAGAGGCUGAAGAAGACCAGGCGGCUGAAGGCCAACCACCGCGAGCGCAACCGCAUGCACCACCUCAACGCGGCGCUGGACGCUCUGCGGGACGUGCUGCCCACCUUCCCCGAGGACGCCAAGCUGACCAAGAUCGAGACGCUGCGCUUCGCCCACAACUACAUCUGGGCGCUGACCGAGACGCUGCGCCUGGCCGACCAGGGCGGGGGGGGCAGCCUGGCCGGCUCGGGGGUCGCGGGGUCAGGGGUCACGGGGGCCGAGGCCCUGCUGCUGGCCGGCUGCGGUGACAGCCCUUCCCCGGCCUCCACGUGGAGCUGCACCGACAGCCCUUCCUCCUCCUCCUCUUCCUCCUCCUCCUCCUCCUCUUCCUCCUCCUCCCCGUACAGAUGCACUUUAUCUCCGGCCAGUCCCGCCGGCUCGGCCUCGGACAUGGACUUCUGGCCUCCGGACGCGCACGGCUACCGAGCGGCCCAUCGGCCGGCCCGGGAUGGCCUCUGA